AUGUCCACCUUCCUAAUCUCGGCUACGGCCACACCUGCCGCAUGGACGUUCACCCAAGGCUUCCUCGUCGGUCAAGGAGCAUUCAUUCUCCUCUGUCUCCUCUUCGUCCGCUACGUCGUCUUCUCUCCGGCCGAUGCCCAGGACCCCGAUGCAUGGCGACAACGCCGUGAAGAGCGUUCCAAGAAGGCGCUCCUCUCAACAACGGCUGUGCCCCCACUCCCGACUGGCCAUCUGCUGGGGACAGCCGGUUACGACAUGUCGACGCACCCCGCUGAAUCGGCCGACUGGGUAAAUGUGCUUUUUGCCCAGGUCCUUCAAGGAUACAGGAACGAUCUGCUCUCUACAGCUGGCGAGGAAGGUGCACGCAAGCACUUUGAGCGCUGGCUCAACCCACCAAGCAGGACCCUGUCGUGGCUGGAUCCCAUCGAGGUGACAGCGCUCAACUUGGGCAAGAGCUUUCCAUUAUUAUCGAAUGCGCGCAUUCGUCCAGCAGAUGGUCAAGGGCGGGUGCGUGCCGAGGUAGACCUUGACUGGGCAGACACUGUAUCCCUGUCUAUCUCUACCUCUGUGCUCAUCAACUUUCCCCGUCCGCGCUUCGCGGUGCUGCCAGUGCAGAUUGGUGUAGAGCUUGUGGCCGUUGGUGGAACACUCAGCAUACAAAUCCACGACCCAAAGGAGCAGCGCCAGCAUAUGCACGUUUGCUUGCUCCCCGACUUCCACCUCAACCUCAAGACGACAAGUCUCCUCGGCAGCAGAGCCAAGCUGCAGGACAUUCCCAAGAUUGAGCAGCUUCUCGUUGCUCGUCUGCGGGCCGCUAUCCAGGACCGUUUCGUCUAUCCCCACCACAUGACCUUUGCCCUCCCGCGCCUCAUCUCUCCCCCCAUGACCCCCGAGUCGGUGAUUCCUGACAGCCAAGACGUCCGCGACGCUGCUGCCUCCGCCCUCUCAGAGGGUAUGCACAACUUGCGACACGACCUUGCCGAGCGCGUUGCGGCUCUUGGGCCGACAGACAGUGCUAGUAUCCUGGACAGCCUGGACAACUCUGUCAACACUCCUGAUUCUGAUACCACGUUACCAGACGUUGCGGACCCGGAGUCGGAGGGAGAAUUGGAGCCGCAGCCGGUGAUGCCGCGCCAAGUGCCGCAGUCCGGCAUCAUUUCGGCAGUGGCGACUCAGUACACGGCCUCUCGGCCAGGAGGCGUCUACUGGUGA